AUGGACCCAAAAUCCCAGCAGUUUCAGCUUGUCAAGAAGCUCACAGAUGAAAUAUGGCUGGCCACGAGACCCGAGAGUGGGGAGGAAUUCCUAGCCAAGCGGAUCGAUGAUUUCGACGAGUACUUCCGGUCUCGCUUCGAGGGAUCAGGAAAGCAGCAGCGCCAGGCCAAGGGAUUGAUGGACCUCGUCUACGAGCACAACAUCGGGCGCAACAUCUCUCACGUCCUCAACCACGAGAACCUUGUAUCGCUAGCCGGCUAUCUGCGCCAGAAGCCUCUCAAUCCCAAACCCUUCGAUACCAAGCAGGCUACGGAUGACUAUCUCGUAUGGGACAACUGCGAUGCUGGGUUCCUCGAGCUCCUAGUGAUCAACGGGGGUGGAAAGGGCCGGCGCAAGUCGUUCCUGCCCGAGUCACUCUGCUGGCAUGUCCUCACCUCGGUCAUGCGCGCUCUUACCUGGCUCCACGACGGAUAUCGGCUGGGAACCAACUGGGACACGGGGGAGCAGAAGUGGAUAAAGACCGACAUGGACUGGAUGCCCAUCCUCCACCGUGACAUCACAGCCACCAGCAUCAUGUUCCAGCACCCCCGUGGUGAGGAGACGUACGGUAGCUGCAAACUGGGCCGGUUCGCAAAGGCAUUCGUCUCCGGACAGCCGGCCGACAGGCAGGGUGAAGAGACCGCGGAUGGGCCUGCACUGCACAGCUCCAGUGGCCAGAUACUUGCCCCCCACGCCAACUUACCCAAGGGGUUGAAGGCGCCACCGGACGCCAGCGCCGCGACGAUGAAAAAGUUUUGGGCCGAGUAUACCACGGGGAAAGCGCCUGACCAACGUCUUUAUACGAUCAGCGACGAACACUGGUCCCUCGGCGCCGUCCUAUGGCGCAUGAUGACGUCCACGAAGCUCCCGUCGCAGGACAGCUGCAGCCUCUGCGAGAGCAAGUGCCGCCACAUCACGGGCUGCGUGCAGCCGCUGUGCCUCAUCGCCGAGGCGGAGGAGGAAGAGGGCUGCCGGUGCGUCUACGCCGGGUGCCAGCACAUUCAGGCCCGGCUCGACGCCAGCCCCGAACUCCGGCCGGAGCACAGACGGAGGUGCGACCACCCCAAGUGGCGAGCGGCGGGCUGUGACUGUCCCCGCGGGUGUCCGCGGCCGGACGUCCACAUCGACGACGUGCUCGCGCAGCUCGAUUACUCCAAGUUCCUCGUCCGGGCGGUGCGAAAGCUGUUCGACUGGGACUGGGAGACCUCGCGACGGGGCUCUGUGACGCUGUGCACUGAGAUCAACGCUGCCUACCGACAGUGGAAGACGCAGACGAGCGAGGGUCGCGAAUAUGUUGAUGUCUACGAUGAUGCGUGGAAAAGGUACAUGGUUCUGAAUGGGAAGUUGGAUGAACAGCAGAAGGGCGGCGCAUAA